AUGAUUAAGAAAUCGAUUCAUGCUCAUCAGCUAUUCUAUUGUACGAAACAAACAACAUGGAUGGAAAUUCGUGCAUUUGUUUAUCGAUGUUUCUUUUCUCAUAAAUAUCAAAUACUUAUUCGACCAGAUUUACUUCCAUUAAUAAUUCAAGAUAAAUUUCUUCCAUUGCUUAAUAAUUUAAUUGAAGAUCAUCCCAUACAUUCUUUUCAAUUAGGAAUAAUUACAACAAGAACUGCUUCUCAUAUACAAUUAGUUAAUGCAAUUAAAACUCGAAUUAAUAUCAAUAUAGUACAUGAUCAAAAGCUUUUAAGUAAAGAUGACCUUACUUCUCAAGUACAGAAUAUGAUUCAUCAAUGUACAAUAGUCACAUCUCGCCUAUCUGGUUUAGGUAAAUCACAAUUUAUCAAGAAAGAAAGCAUUCAUCUAAAUAAACAACUUAUUAAAUUUCCAAUUGGUGGCGAUAUUAAAGCGGAUGAAAUAGCCAAUCGACUUGGAAUUUUAUAUGAUAAAUCAUUGCGAACAUCAAUUCUACAUCUUGAUAUCGGACAUAUUGAAAAUAUUAAUGAUCUCGAUGAAUUAUUAUAUUGUUUGAUACUUUUUCGUAGCUUUUGUUUUGGUCAAUCAGCUGCACAUGUUCCCAUCGAAACAUUAAUUUAUAUUGAACUUGCCUCAUCUCCUUACAUUAAUAUAGAUCAACGUCUUAUAUUAUGUCAAUAUCUUCCCUCGAUUUAUCUUAAUGAAGUAAACUGGGACGAACUCGAUUGUAAUAGACCAAUGAUUCAAUUUGUUGCUAAUAAUUUACAUGCGAUUAAUACAGGUACAAUUACAAAAGAAAAUAUUACAUUAGAUGAUAAAAAGCAAAUUGAUCGUGCAGUCUGUAGGGCAUUAAUUCAAAAACAUUUUAUUCAAGGAAAAAAUCUUGAAUUUAUUACAUGGACACAAUUAUCUGUUUUUAUUGCAGUAUUUUAUUCUCUCUUUAAGGGAUUUUCUAUUUGUGGUUACUUUCUUGUUGAAGUUUCGAACCAACCUCAAUUACGACUCGAUAUUCUUCAAGCACUUUUACGUUCUUCAGAUCAAUUUACAUCAGUAUCUGUAGAAAAAGUGCGUAUACAACAACGCGCAAGUUUACGACAAGAUUCAGAAGUUCAACAACCAGAAUUAACUGAUGCAAUUGUUCGCUGGGAGAAUACACAACCAUUUACACUUGUUUUUACAGCAACUCAUGAUCCUUUAUUUGUUUAUAAAACAACUCAUGAUAUACCAGAAUCACUCAGAAAUUAUUUCAAUGAUUUUCAACAAGUUGUUUCUCAACAAUCGACUCGAAAAACUGCUGACAAUAAUGCACUAUUCAAUCCUACUGUUGAUGAUCUACUUUUUGAUUACAAUAAAUUUUCACAUGUUGAAUUCUUUCACAAGCUUGCUUCAUUAUCUCGCAAAUAUUUCAAUAAAGCUAUAUGCACUAAAUGUUUUAAACAGUAUGAAUACAAAACACAACAAUGUACAUAUUGUCAUACAAACGAAAGUAUUGUUAAACCAGCAACUUUCGAUAAUUGUGAUGUUUUAGUAUUUCAAACAAAUAUCGCUACUUUACUCGAAGCCGAAUAUGUUCUCACACCAGAUAAUUAUGUCAAAAUGCUAUUGAUUUAUAUGCGUAUACAAAGUGGUCUUCCAGUAUUAAUUAUGGGAGAAACAGGUUGUGGUAAGACAGCAUUGAUUAAAUUUUUGUGUCAAAAAAUUCUUGAUGAUGAACUAGAAAUAUUUCGAAUUCAUGCUGGAGUAACGAAUGAAAAGAUUAUUGAGACAAUGAAACGAUUAAUAGUCAAAGCUACAGAAUGUAUAGAGGAAGAAAAACGUCUUUGGAUAUUCUUCGAUGAAUUUAAUACAACAUCUAGUAUUGAAUUACUCAAAGAGAUAACAUGUGAACGUACACUUUUAGGUGAUUCAUUACCAGAUAAUAUGGUCUUUCUUGGUGCAUGUAAUCCACGUCGAUAUAAGAGUAAUGAAAAAUGGAUGUCAUUUGAAAAUAAUAUUGGGAUAAAAAAAGAUCGAUAUGAAAUGAUGAAAAAACUCUCCGAUGGCCAAUGUCUAUUAUAUACGGUAGUACCUAUUCCAGAGACAAUGUUAGAAUAUAUAUGGGAUUAUGGAUAUCUCGAUCAAGAUACCGAACAAACAUAUAUUCGAACAAUGCUUAAAACAUGUCCUUCGUUAGUAAAACAUGAACAAUUAUUUAAUGCAUUUAUUCAACUCUUAUCUCGAUCACAACAAUUCAUUCGUAAAAUUGAAGAUGUUAGUAGUGUUAGUUUAAGAGAUGUAGCUCGAUUCUGUCGUUUAUACAAUUGGUUUCAUGAAUCAAUUAACGUACGUUCUAUAAAUCAAUCUCUUCUAUCACAAAACGUUGCUCGACGAGCUGCUUUUGCAGCUCUCUUUUUAUGUUAUUAUUUUCGAUUACCUUCUAUUCAACUUAAAUAUGAUUAUGUCGAUAUGCUUGAACAAGUUUAUCAGAAUCUUUUUCUUUCGUAUUAA